GUCCAGGCUAUACAGUUGGGCUGGAGCGAUGCAAAUGUUGCAGGUGUGUCGAUGUCGUCCUUAUCACAUUUGCUCGGUUAAACUAUCUUCAGAGCAUACAACAGACACCGGCGGAGGAGUGAAUAAUAUGCUCACUUUAAUCAAACACUCUCGCGGGUUCCAGCCAAAGGCACGGAACCAGCUCAUUUGUCGUAUUCUCAUGUUUGCGAGUCAAGUCAUCCUGGUUGCUGCAUCUUGGUGUCAUCUCAUCCCUGAAAACUCUGCUGCGGCAAAAUUUGACCGACACUACCAUCACAUGCUUGUUGCCCCGAAUGCAUGCAUGUCCAGUUUAUCUUUCGAGCUAGUGCUGAUUUGGUCUACUCAUAUCAGCCCUAUAACUGUUAUGGCAACCUCGACAGUGAAGAUGACGAUGAUACGGAUGAUGAG